AUGUCUACUCUGCCUGGUCAUACGUCCAGUUCCACUCCCUCUUUAGAUGGCAAAGGGGGUACGGAUUCGGCAUCGAAAAGGACGGGUUCUAACUACGUAUACUACCGUCUAUACACCAAAUCAGGCGCAUUCGAAUCAAUUCACCCCCUCUACGACAACGACCGUUUCAUCGGUCGCGUUCCACCAAAGUCUUUUGCCCCUCCUCAUACGGUGGCGUCUAUCAGGCGGUCCCUAUGCAAACUUGAGGGCCUCUCAGAACCCGACAAGGCGCUCGUCUUCACGCCGCUCGAAAGCCCAGCACCCAAAGAAGACUCUGCCCGCUUCUCUCUCUAUGCUCCGUCUGGGCCAGGCCUGUCUGAACAGGAUCCGAUCGCGCUGGUUGUCGAGUCGGAAAAGAGGACCAAGAACAUCACGCUGUCGGAGAAUCUCCCGAAACGCUCUGAUCAUACCGAUGUCCACUAUGUAUACUAUCGUGUUUAUUUAUCGGAGGGAGAAGCAGAUGAAGGGGCAAAGACGUCCUUUGACGAAAGCGAUAUUUCCUUAGGACGCAUCAACACCCUCUCAAUUGCGCCCCCUCACACCGCUGGGUCUUUGAAAGCGUGCAUCGCAAAAGUUGAGGGUCUCGUCACACCGGGUCAUGCACUCUACAAGGAUAUGGAACUUUUCGAGGACAUGAAUGGUGACGCUGCCAUGAGCGACGCCGAUGUCAUAUCCUUUCUGAGCGACACCUAUCCUGGUAGCGAUGAAGGUGAUCCCGUGGCCCUUGUCAAUGCAACCGCCAAUACAGCAGCGGACGAAAAGGCUAAGCCUACAUCAGGUAACGUCCUGAGUAACCCCCAACUUGCAUCAGCAAAACGUACUCUUUCAGAUGAACCGGAUUCAAAUUUCACGAAACGCGUUCUAUUAACUCAUACUUACAGCUACGCAGAAAACCAACCCACCUGGCUACCAAUAAGCAACAAUGAAAUCGUACACACGGAUGGAGUUGUCGUCUCCAUGAAGAGCCCCUCUACCCAAACCUUUUGGCCAGGAUACAUGGUGAUAAAUUCCAAGGGUGUAAAAGGCUGUGUUCUAGUUGGAAGCGGCGAUGUCUACAUCCAGUUCCACUCCCUCUUUAGACGGCAAAGGGGGUACAGAUUCAGCAUCGAAAAGAAUGGGUCCUACCUAUGUACGCUUAGCACCUUUACAGUGUACUAUCGCGUUUACUCACUAGAAGGAGAAGAUCAAAAGGCAAAGACGUCGUUUAACGAAAGUGACAUUUCGUUAGGGCGCAUCAACACCCUCUUCAUCGCUCCCCCUCACACCGCUGGAUCUUUGAAAGCAUGCAUCGCCAAAGUUGAAGGCCUCGUCACGCCGGGUCAUGCACUCUACGAUGGCAUGGAACUCUUCCAUGACAUGAACAGUGACGCUGCCAUGAGCGACGCCGAUGUCAUAUCCCUCCAAGGUGAUGCUUAUCCGGGUAGUGAUGAAGGCAAUCACGUAGCCCUUGUCAAUGCAACCGCCAAUACAGUAACAGACCAAAAGGCUAAACCUACACCAGAUGGACCAGAAUCAAAAUUCACGAAAUGUGCUCGGUUAACUAGUACUUUCUCAUGUUCCGAAGUAAACAAACCCACCUGGCUAUCAUCAGGAAACAUCAGUGAGAUCGUUCACACGGAUGGAGUUGUCGUUUCUUUUGUUGACGCUUUGUCGGAACAGAGUAUCAUUCAGCAUACAUGGUGGUCAAUUCCAAGGGUGAAAAAGGCUUUGUGGAUCAAAAAAAACAAGGAGUUGAUCAUGAAACACGAAGCAGACAUCGCGCAAAUUGCAACAGCUGACUAG